GGGUACAAUAAUCACAGUGAAAAAUGAACAUAACCUAAACGUUUUAAAUUAAUACUCAACCGAAAAUGAGCCAAAGAUACGAAAAAAUUGAAUUUCUGGGCGAAGGCCAAUUCGCAACUGUGUAUAAAGCAAAAGAUAAAGAAACCGAUAACAUAGUAGCUGUUAAGAAAAUAAAAGCAGGGAGUAAAAUAGAAGCACAGGAUGGCAUCAAUCGAACAGCAUUACGUGAAAUCAAAAUUCUACAAGAGCUCAACCACAAAAAUUGCCUAGUUUUAUUGGAUGUCUUUAGUCAAGGAUCUAUGUCUAAUGUAUCUUUAGUUUUCGAUUUUAUGGACACAGAUUUGGAAGUUAUCAUAAAAGAUAACACGAUUAUACUAACCACUGCAAACAUCAAAUCGUACAUGAUACAAACUCUGCAGGGCUUAGAAUACUUGCACUCGAAUUGGAUAUUACAUCGAGAUUUAAAACCAAAUAAUUUACUGGUGAACGCAGCUGGCUUGUUGAAGAUAGCAGAUUUCGGCUUGGCAAAACUGUAUGGUUCUCCCAAUCGCAUUAACACUCAUCAAGUCGUCACGAGGUGGUAUCGAUCUCCGGAACUGUUAUUUGGAGCCAAACAAUAUGGCGUUGGCGUCGACAUGUGGGCAGUAGGAUGUAUUUUAGCCGAACUAUUGCUACGUCUCCCAUUUUUACCGGGCGAAUCGGAUUUGGAUCAGCUCACCAAAAUUUUUCAGGUCUUCGGUAAUCCCACCGAGCAAAAUUGGCCGAGCGUAAAGACACUAAGUGAUUAUGUAGAAUUUAAGCCCUAUCCUCCAGUUCAAUUAAAAAACAUUUUUAUUGCCGCCGGCGACGAUUUGUUGGAUGUACUGGAUGCUUUAUUAGUUUUGAAUCCGCUUAAAAGAAAACAUUGUACGGAAACAUUACAGAUGCCAUUUUUUAGUAACAAACCUGCGCCUACUGUUAGCAAUAAACUACCUUUGCCGCAGAGUAUUAAAAAAGUAAAAGAUACGGAGAGGCCUUCGCUAAAAAGGAAAUUGUUGAAUUCUGCAGAAGGUGGUAAUCUCUCUAAACGUUUGUUUUUCUAGCAAUUUUGUAACUGAAAAUGUAUUUAAUAAAAACUCAACUCACUAAAACAA